AUGAGCGACAAAGACGUGGACGCCUUCUAUGGUAUUCCUUACGCGAAACCACCUGUUGGAGAUCUGCGGUUUCGGAAGCCACAGCCUGCCGAUCCCUGGAACGGAACUUACAAAGCAACAACGAAACCCAUGGCCUGCAAUCAGCUGGACAUUCGCUUCAUUAAGGGCGUCACUCUCAGUUAUCAGAACGCUUCGGAAGACUGUCUUUAUAUGAACGUCUGGCGGCCCUCCCGGUUAUGUGACAGCACUGAAUCAUGCGAGAAGAAACUGCCGGUUGUGGUUUUCAUCUACGGAGGAGGCUUUCAGUGGGGCGACUCCGGUCUUUUCGUGUACGACGGAGCGAAUUUCGUGGCUUUGUCCGACGUCAUCUUUGUAAGUUUCAACCACCGACUGAGCAUGAUGGGGUUUCUUUCCGUGGGCACAUCCGACCUGCCGGGAAAUUUGGGAUUCUGGGACCAGCUCCUUGUGCUCAAGUGGGUUCAUCAAAACAUUGGUCGUUUUGGAGGAAACCCACACGACGUUACACUCCUCGGUCAUAGUGCGGGUGCCGUUUCUGCGGGGCUUCACGCUGUUUCACAGCUAAGCAAGGGCCUCUUCCAUCGAUUAAUUAUGCAAAGUUCUUCCCCUCUAAGCCUGGUGCUCGGACUUUCCUACAAAGGAGCCGGAAGGUUUCUCAACAUUGCUGAAAAGCUGGGUUGUUACCUGCCCGAAAAGGAUUGGACUACACAAGUGCCAAAUAUCAUAGGAUGUUUGCGAAAAAUUGAUGUCGACGUGAUAUUUAAGAAACUAGCGGAACAAGACCCGGUCAAUCAAUUCUUCUCGCCUGUUUAUGGUGACGAGUUCAUACCAGCCGAUCCGCUUUCACUGUCUACGUGGAAAAUGGUUCAUGUGAAGGAAAUACUGAUGGGUACAACUACUGACGAGGGUACACUCUUCGUAGACAACAUAAAAUACGCGGCUCCCCAACUGGAAACGGUGCUCAAGAUAGAUUACAGGCUUGGAGCUGUCCUGGCACUUUCUGCAAUUUUUCAUAUACCUGUGCCAGCAGCAAAGACCAUAGUCAGAGAAUAUUUUGGAGACGAAGGAGUUAAGCAUGACCACGUCACCGUGAUAAAACUCUUCUCUGAUAUUGUGGGGGACCUGUUGAUGAACUGCGCCACCGAUCUUUUUGCGGAAGUGACUUCUGCCCAGGGAAUCCCUACUCAUAGGUAUGUGUUCGAACAUCGUCCAUCGUGCAGCCUGUGGCCCAAGAACUUCGGCGUGGCGCAUGCUGAUGACCUGUUGUUCACUCUCGGAUCUUUACCUUUCAUAACGGAUAAGAGCCGGCAUACGGAGGUUAUUAAUCCAUCAGCGAGUAAGCUUCUUUCAAGCCUGAGGUACUCAGAAGAAGAAGAAGGAUUCAUGAAGCAGCUUAUCAGGACCUGGUCGUCUUUCAUCAAAACUGGGUGA